AUGGUGGCGGAAGCAAAAGACAUCGGCGUGCACCCAGUCGUCCAACUAGGCGAGUGGGGAUACGCCGUGAGCGAGAGGCGGAGUAGAACUUGCGAACUGGACUGGGCCCAUGUGAAGUACGACAAGGGUGACGGCAAGGGCAAGGGCAAGGGCAAGGGUGCGUCGAGGAGGAUCACUGCUGCCCGGGGCUUGGUGUGCAAGUUUGAGGCCGAAAAGUGA